AAAAAGAUGGUGGUCAAAGCCGAGAGAAGCGGUUGACUCGUAGCAAUUAUUUCUAAUAAACACUGCAUUGCCCUGGACUAGUGAAAUCAAAGAGUGGCGGUCCGUCAACGGCGAGGAUUACAGAGGCUUGAGUUGGGGUCGGGGGAUAACGUGUUCAUCGCAGACCGUCCGAAGCACUGCAGUUUCGUGUUAAGAUGAAUUAUGUGGGACUGAAUUUGCACUCAGUGGGCCCACUUCCCUCCACAAUGGCAGCAUCGUCUGCCUAUCAAACCGAGCCAUCCUCAGAAGCCGGGCCCAACAGCAGCACCAGCCUAAUCAAAGACGAGUGUGAGUCCGAAGAACCAAGCAAGAAACUCAAGGUUGAUCAUGAGCACGGUGCCAGUGAGAGCCACCAAAAAGUAGACUUCUGGUUCUGUGAGGAGUGCAAAGAGUAUUUCUUGGAGGAAUGCCCAAACCAUGGUCCUCCGGUCUUUGUGCCAGACACACCAGUGGCACUGGGGGUGCCCAACCGGGCUUCCCUCACAGUGCCCUCGGGAAUAGAGCUCGUCCGGGAGGAGGAGGAGGUGGAUGUGUGCUGCAUAGAUGCGGGCAUCCCCAAGGGGGCGCUCUUUGGCCCGUAUCAGGGGGAGUUGGUAUCUAAGGACUAUUCCUCAGGGUUUUUCUCUUGGAUGAUCGUUGAUGAGAACAACACAUACAAAUCCAUUGAUGGCAGUGAUGAAACUAAAGCCAACUGGAUGAGGUAUAUACGUAAUUCAUCGGAUGAGAAUGAGAGGAACAUGACAGCCUUCCAGCAUGGAGAACAUAUAUAUUUCCGUGUGUGUCGGCAGUUGUCAGCAGGAGAGAAGCUCCGCGUGUGGUACAGCGAUGACUACAUGAGGCGGCUACAUAGUGUCUCGCAGGACAGUAUUGGCCACAACCUGGACACAGCUGAGGCCAUGACCCCUAUUCCCGUGGUGCUAGAUGAGGAUGAUCAGGAUGUGGACUCUGCAGAUGAGUCCAUCACUGCUGACCUCAUGGUGGCUGCUGAAGACUCCUCCAAGCUGUUGGCUGGGCCUGGCCGACGUAUACGCCGCUUCAAGCAGGAAUGGCUCAAGAAGUUCUGGUUCCUGCGUUACUCGCCAACACUCAACGAGAUGUGGUGUCAUGUCUGCCGCCAGUAUACCGUCCAGUCCUCACGCACCUCCGCCUUCAUCAUCGGCUCCAAGCAGUUCAAGAUCCACACUAUCAAGCUGCACAGCCAAAGCAACCUGCACAAAAAGUGCCUGCAGCUAUACAAGCUUCGGAUGCACCCGGAGAAGACAGAGGAGAUGUGUCGUAACAUGAUGCUGCUGUUCAAUGCUGCUUACCACCUGGCACUGGAGGGCCGACCCUUCUCAGACCUGCGAGCGCUGGCUGAGUUGCUCAAGAAGUGCGAGCUCAAGGUGGUCGACCAGUACAUGAACGAAGGUGACUGCCAGAUCCUCAUCCACCAUAUCGCCAGGGCGCUUAAGGAAGACCUGGCGGAGAGGAUACGCCUGUCGCCCUUCCUCAGUGUCAUCAUGGAUGGGCAAAACGAUGACUUGCUGUCAGACACCGUUGCCGUCUAUGUGCAGUUCACCACCAGCGAAGGACCCCCUGCCACAGAGUUCCUCUCCCUACAGAGGCUAAGUGUUGGCAGUGUGGAUGGCUACCUCCAGGCCAUUGAUCGGGCCUUUGCUGUGCUUGGUCUGAAGCUUCAGGACAUGCUGGUGGCCGGUCUGGGGGUCGAUGGCUCUAACAUCUCCUCCAGUUUGAGAGCAAAUCUGUACAUUGCGGUACGGAAGAAGCUCCCCUGGAUCCUCUGCUUGCCGGUCAUGAUCCAUCGUCCUCACCUGGAGGUGCUGGAUGCCAUCAGUGGGAAGGAGCUGUCCUGCCUGGAGGACCUUGAAAACAACCUGAAGCAGCUGCUGAGCUUCUACCGGUACUCCCCUCGCAUGAUGGCCGAGCUCAGGUCUACCGCCCCCACGCUGUCUGAGGAGACAGAGUUCCUGGGAGAUAUACGAGCCGUCAGCUGGAUUAUAGGAGAGCCAAACGUCCUGAAUGCCCUUAUCAAAGAUUACCUGGAGGUGGUGGCGCACCUCAAGGACAUCAGCGGCCAAACGCAGAGGGCAGAUGCAGCUGCCAUCGCCUUGACCCUGCUUCAAUUCCUCAUGGAUUACCAGUCUGUCAAGCUAAUAUACUUUCUCCUGGAUGUCAUCGCUGUUCUUUCGCGUCUGGCCUUCAUCUUUCAGGGGGACUACCUGCUGGUGUCUCAGGUAGACACCAAGAUCGAAGAGGCCAUCCAUGAGAUCGGUCAGCUGGUGGACUGCCCUGGGGAGUAUCUGCAGGAGUUUGAGGAGAACUUCCGCGAAAGCUUCAAUGGCGUAGACCUGAAUAACUUGCGCGUCGCCGAGUCCAAGUUCCAAUCCAUCCGCGAAAAGAUCUGCCAGAAGAGCCAGGGAAUCUUGUCCCAGCGACUUGACAUGCACAGCCGCACGGUGGUCAAGGCGUGCCGUGUGCUUGACCUCACCACCUGGCCACGCAACAGGGAUGACCUACGAGCCUUUGGGGAGGAAGAGAUCCUGCUCAUUUUUGACCACCUUGAAGCGAUCCCCUCGGCUGUCCGGGAGACGUCGCGGGACAGAACUGACGCUCGGGGCAGCCUGCUGGUGGAGUGGAGGGACCUCAAAGCCGACUACUACAGCAUGAAUGGCUUCAAGGAGGUGGUCAGUCAAAUCUCCAGGCACAAGCAGCGCUUCCCUCUGCUUAACCGCAUACUCCAAGUUGUCAGGGUCUUGCCCACUUCCACCACCUGCUGUGACAAGGGCCGUGGGUCCCUGCAGAAAGUGCGCAAGAACAACCGCUCAAGGCUGACGCUGGACCAGAUGAAUGACCUACUGACCCUUGCAGUCAACGGGCCGCCAAUAGCAAACUUCGAUGGCAAGCGACCAUUGGACAGCUGGUUUGAGGAGAAGUCUGGCAACAGCUAUUCACUCUCAGCCGAAAUGCUGAAUAGAAUGUCGGCUAAUGAACAAAAGUAUGUUCUGCACAGCAUGGAUGUGAACACAGAGUUCUACCCUGAUAUUUGACUGAUGAGAGCCAUGGCUUUACUUCACUUUAUUCCAAAAGCCAUCCCGGGGGAGGGGUGAUCUGGGCUAUAAUGUGAUUGGCCAUACAAGUGUGCAAUGGCCCUGCUGCUAAAAUGGCCUGAUCAGCAUCACUUUAGAAAAUGGAAACCUAGCUAGUAGAAUCUGUUGAGCACACAUUUAUGUCAAGCUCAGGAGGAAAAGUUGGUCUUAAAAGGCAAGACAGGAAACCUGACUUAGUGAAAACAAUCAGUUUGUAUGAGUGUUGAAUUUAAGUAUGUGUAACAUAAAGCACUUAUGUAGAGCAUGUGCUGAUGAUCACUGGUAUCAACUCUGUUAGAAAUGGCCAUUAUCAUUUAGUGGGGCUUUUAAAAUCUGCAGUCAACACCAUUAUUUGGAAAAUGCCAUAGGUUAAUAGCUCAAGUAUACCUUUUUUGUAACAAUGCAAAUUAUUUCUCUUUCAAACAAGUCUUUGAUUUCUAUACAUUUACGGUUUAUUUUAAAAGUAGUAAAUGUUUGGUUCAAAUGACAUUUGUAUGAAAUUGUGCCAUAACAGCAUAUUGCAAGGUGAUAAAGUCUUGAUAAAGUGAAAGUUCACAAAUAACCAAGGUGCUAUGCCACACAUCGUCACAAGAGAUUAUAUGGUUUGUUUAAGUGGUUUUUUUGUACAGGUAUAUACUGCUGUGGUGAUUGAUUUUUCUUUUGCGGCUUUUAUAGGUCUUAAAAGAUUCCAUCAAUGUAUUUUUUUUAAUUGCCUAAACAAAUGUAGGUCAAUUAUUCAUUAUGAAGCAGGUAGUUUGGAUGCUGAUUGGAUGAAAGGCGUGGUAUAUCAGGCAUUAAACUGGGAGGUUCGAGCCCUGAAUGCUGAUUGGCUGACAGCCGUGGUAUAUCAGACCGUAUACCACGGGUAUGACAAAUCAUUUUUACUGCUCUAAUUACGUUGGUAGCCAGUUUAUAAUAGCAAUAAGGCACCUCUGGGGUUUGUGGUAUCUCGCCAAAAUAUACCACGGCUAAGGUCUGUGUCCAGGCACUCCUCGUUGCGUUGUGCAUAAGAACAGACCUUAGCCGUGGUAUAUUGGCCAUAUACCACACCCCCUCUGGCCUUAUUGCUUAAAUAUACCACAGGUAUGAUGCAAAAUUACUUGUUUACUGUUCUAAUUAUAUUGGUAACAAGUUUAUAAUAGUAUUAAGGCACCUUGGGUAUGUGGUAUAUUGACCAUACACCACACCUCUGGCCUUAUUGCUUAAUAUUAAAGUAUAAUAUUCGUUUUGCAAGGUGAAGCUUAUAUAGCCAUAAAUUAGCCAAAAGUUUUCAAUAUAUUGUUUAUACUUUACAUUUCUUGCAGCAUUUAUUCUUGCAUUUAUUCUUAAGUAUUUGUUUAGCAAUACUUCUGCCAAAUCAUGUAUGCAAGACAGAGUGCAUUUGAAAAGUAUUCAGUGUUGUUUUUUCUCAUCAAUCUACACACAAUACCCCAUAAUGACAAAGCAAAAACUGUUGUUCUUUUGUUCGUUUUUUUUGCAAAUGUAUUAAAUAUAAGAAACUGAAAUAUCACAUUUACAUAAGUAUUCAGACCCUUUACUUAGUACUUUGUUGCACCUUUGCCAGCGAUUACAGCCUUGAUUCUUCUGGGUAUGACGAUAUAAGCUUGGCACACCUGUAUUUGGGGAUCUUCUCCUGCAGAUCAUUUCAAGCUUUAUCCGGUUGGAUGGGGAGCGUCGCUGCGUAGCUAUUUUCAGGUCUCUCCAGAGAUGUUCGGUUAGGUUCAAGUCCAGGCUCUGGCUGGGACACUCAAGGACAUUCAGAGACUUGUCCUGAAGCCACUCCUGCGUUGUCUUGGCUGUAUGCUUAGGGUCGUUGUCCUGUUGGAAAGUGAACCUUCAACCUAGUCUGAGGUCCUGAACACUCAGGAGCUGGUUUUUGUCAAGGAUCUUUCUGUACUUCGUUCCGUUAUUCUUUCCCUCGAAUCUGACUAGUCUCCCAGUCCCUGCUGUUGAAAAACAUCCCCACAGCAUGAUGCUGCCACCACAUGCUUCACCGUAGGGAUGGUGCCAUGUUUCCUCCAGACUUAACGCUUGGCAUUCAGGCCAAAGAGUUAAAUCUUGGUUUCAUCAGACUAGAGAAUCUUGUUUCUCAUGGUCUGAGUCCUCUAGGGGUGCCUUUUGGCGAUCUCCAAGUGGGCUGUCAUGUGCCUUUUACUGAGGAGUGCCUUCCCUCUGGCCACUCUACCAUAAAGGCUUGAUUGGUGGAGUUCUGCAGAGAUGGUUGUCCUUUUGGAAGGUUCUCCCAUCUCCACAGCGGAACUCUGGAGCUCUGUCAGAGUGACCAUCGGGUUCUUGGUCACCUCCCUGACCAAGGCCCUUCUCCUCCAAUUGCUCAGUUUGGCCGGGCAGCCAGCUCUAGGAAGAGUCUUGGUGAUUCAAAACUUCUUCCAGUUAAGAAUGAUGGAGGCUACUGUGUUCUUCAAUGCUGCAGAAAUGUUUUGGUACCCUUGUGCCUCGACACAAUCCUGUCUCGUAGCUCUACAGACAAUUCCUUCGACCUCAUGGCUUGGUGUUUUGCUCUGACAUGCACUGUCAACUGUGGGACCUUAUAUAGACAGGUGUGUGUGCCUUUCCAAAUCAUGUCCAAUCAAAUUUACCACAGGUCAGGGCCAAUCAAGUUGUAGAAACAUCUCAAGGAUGAUCAAUGGAAACAGGAUGCACCUGGGCUCAAUUUCGAGUCUCAUAGUAAAGGCUCUGAAUACUUAUGUAUACAAGGUAUUUCUGUUUUAAUUUUUAAUACAUUUGCAAAAAAGCAAGAUGUGGAAAAGGGUACGGGUCUGAAUACUUUCUGAAUGCAAUGUAUGUCACUUGAAUUUAUUCACGAGUGCAAUAUGUAUUAUGACUUAUGGCCAAAUUCAACAACCAUUUAGAGGGGAAAAAGUUAUCCCCAUCUUAUUAUAUAAUUUACUUAAUGACAUUGCCAAAUUAAGUAGUGGACAGAAGGUUUUGCUAAAAUGCAUUUUGCAUAUUAUUUGUGGCUGCUACAGUUGUCAUACAUGCCAAAGUUUAGAUUUCAGAAGGGUUUGUAAACUGGAAUGUGUUGACAUGACAACUUUCUUUGCUUUGCUUUUUGAAAACACUUUUGAGAUAGUAUACUUCAUCAGUUAUCUGGAACUCAGAUCAUUUAGGUGGAGUGAAAUGCAUUGAAGAUCCUAGAAACCACUAAAUUUGCACCUGUGUUGUAUGAACUGUAUGAGUGACUGUUAACUAAGGUUGAUGGGAUCAUUUAUCUCAUGUUGGUUCAUGACUAAGACUUUUUGACUUUACUGUUUGAAAUGUAAUACUUUUAUAUUCACUAUAUAAAAUUAAUAAGUGGCCAUGCAUUAAUAGGCAAAGAAUCUUUUUGCUUGUAUAUUGAAAGUGAGUUAUUUGAACUUAAUUUUGGAUAUUAUAUUGAACCUUUGGUUGGUUUCAAAAUAUUGUUUUAAAUUGUCAACAAUUAAAUUACUGAAAGGCAUAUUUAAAAAAAAAUCUAAAAUCUAUUUAACCUUUAUCCAGGCGAAAUAAUUAAGAACAAAUUCUUAUUUACAAUGACGGCCUAGCAUACCAGUCUGAGCCAGACUGCUUUAAGCCGUGAUUUCACCUUUAAAUUAAUUACUGCAGUAAUUACUGUAGUAAUUUUAAGAGGUACGCACACUUGCUUGUUUGCAUGGUUGUUGUACUGUAUAUGCACCAUGAUUGUAAUCUUCAAAUUAUUACAUGCCAAUUUAAAUAACAUGCAUUCUUCAUAUGUGGUAUGUGUUUUGGGUGGAUGUAUAGACUUAUUACCUCAAUGAGGUAUGCUAUGCUACAAUUUUGCUUUCAUUACUGUUUACUUCAUGUAUGGACUCUUAACGAUAGGCAGCUGUGUAAUUCAUGAGACAGGGUGUUGAGAGAGAAAUUUAGUCAACAAUCACUUCUUCACAACUGGAAUCACAGCACCAAAAAUAUUUCCCACCCCAAUGCAAAUAUUCAGAGGAAUGCUUUUUUUGUGUUAUCUUGGCCAAUCAUCUUUUUACUUAGCUUAGGUCGGGGUAUGUAGUUUUCUUUGCUUAUUCUAUAAAUGAUUGUUUUGCACCUUAUAUGUUUAUAUUUCUGUGUACUUUAUGUUAAUGAUUGUGAGUAUGUCCACAGCAAAUGUGCAUGUUAAUUCAUGAGCCAAGACCAAGAAAAAUGAGUUCUUGAUCCUAGUGCUUCUAGAUUUAUACUGUCAUCUAUUUCAGAUUUUCCAAACUGAGCUUGUACCAAAAUUCAAAUUCUAGAUCUACAUUUAGCCUACCAUUUGAUAUAUUGUAAUAUACACCAUGUAACUUUAACAAAUGUAUGUAUGCACAAUAUUGUAUGCAGCCAAAUGAAAGUCAAUCAGUUAUACUGUGGUAUUAGUGUAUUAUAUAUUUUUGAGGGGGGAAAUUGCAACGAUUCCUUUGAAUGGUUGAAAUGCCUGCACUCUUAUAUCACUCUGUUUUUGAAAAGGGAUAAAUUAACAAUACAAACCUGUACCUUUAAUCGGUAACAGUUCACAUUUAGGUACCCUUUAAGGGAGUUGUAAAGGGUUUAUACGUAUAAUGAACAAAAAUAUAAACGCAACAUGUGAAGCGUUGGUCCCAUGUUUUAUGAGCUGAAAUAAAAGAUCCCAGAAAUUUUCCUUACGCCCAAAAGCUGAUUUCUCUCAAAUGUUGUGCACACAUUUGUUUCCAUCGCUAUUAGUGAGCAUUUCUCUUUUGCCAAGGUCAUCCAUCCACCUGACAGGUGUGGCAUAUCAAGAAGCUGAUGAAACUGUGUGAUCAUUACACAGAUGUACCUUGUGCUGGACACCUUAAAAGGCCACUCUGAAAUGUGCAGUUUUGUCACACAACACAAUGCCACAGAUGUCUCAAGUUUUGAGGGAACGUGCAAUUGGCAUGCUGACUUCAGGAAUGUCCACCAGAGCUGCUGCCAGAGAAUUUAAUGUUAAUUUCUCUACCAUAAGCCGCCUCCAAUGUUGUUUUAAAGAAUUUGGCAGUACGUCCAAUCUGCCUCACAACCGCAGACCACAUGUAACCACGCCAGCCCAGGGACUGGCUCCCCAGUGUGUGGGCCUAUGGCUCCCCAGUGUGUGGGCCUAUGGCUCCCCAGUGGGUGAGCCUAUGACCUCCCAGGCCCACCCAUGGCUGCACCCCUGCCCAGUCAUGUGAAAUCCAUAGAUUAGGGCCUAAUUAAUUUAUUUAAAUUGACUGAUUUCCAAUUCUGAACUGUAACUCAAUAAAAUCAUUCUUUGUCGCAUGUUGCGUUUUAUAUUUUUGUUCAGUAUAGUUUAAAAACAAUUCAUUAUUAAUUAACAUGUAGUUCAUAAAUCAUUGAUAAACAUUUAAAUCAGAAAUAUAGUGUAUAAGACAUCCAGAUUGGAAUAGUAAUUUUGUUAAAUAGUGUGAUUUUGCCGCCAUUUCCAUAGUGAGCACAGGGGCACGUGCCCUCUCAGAUUUGUCCUUUUGAAAAAUAAAUACAAAAAUAUAUAAUUUUUGUUGUUGUUUCUCUGUAAAACUUCUAGCCACCUAGCAAUAUUAUGAAAUUGGCUUUAGUUAGCCCAGAUAGAUUCCCAACCUCAUAACUAGCUACCAAGAAGACAUUUCAGGCUAUCAGUGAAGUUCGAGUUAGACAAGCUAGCUACUAUCUUAGCUUGCAUGCCUGCUGGCAAGGUCGGUAGACUUUAGAAAAGCAAAUAUUUACUAAAUGUACUGAAUAAGACAUGCAUUCCUUUCCAUCUUUCCAUCUUUUUUUAAAAUUUUUUUUUUUAAGACAUCAGUCAGAUGCAUACAGACUGUUCAAGAUAUGUUUUUUUAAUUUUAUUACGUAGACUUAAACAUAAUGAUUAUGGCUCUAGAUUGCAGGAGAAAGAGUGUUUCCGGUGUUUGAAAAAGUCAAAGUUCUUCAAUUUACAGACGGGGGGACCUAGCCCCCCUAUGGACCACUCCCCCAGCCAUCCUCACAUACUUUGUGCCCUCUUAGAUGUUUGAGGUGCAUGAUGCCGCUAUACCAUUAUUAAUAACCGUAGUAGUUGAUUACAGUGCGCAACUCCCAUUAAAGGGUACUUAAAUGUAAAAUGUUACUAAUCAAUCUAAAAGGUUCAGUGGUACUUGUUUGGAUGCAUUUAACACUGGAAACAUAUAAACCUGUCUGUGAACAUGAGUAUAACGUGUACAUAUAUCCAUAUAUUUUCAUAUGACAUGUAUACAUGAAAAUAUGAAAAUGUAUAGACCCCCUGUAAUUGACAUUGUAAGAAUAUCUUUAUGGCGCAAAUAAUUGUUUAAUAAAAUAUUUUCCAUGGUA